AGAUGGUAGGGAUAUAUCGAAGAUCGGUGAAUCGAUAUAAAAGAAGAGCGAAUACUAAAGCAGUGCCAGUUUUAGUAACUUUCUUUUAGGUAUCACGUGGAAAAGUAAAUUUCAUUUAGUGCCUCGUACUCUUCGCAUGCGGAUCUAUAAACCAUAUAUAUAUAGCACAGACAGAAAAAAAAUGCUUUUUGGAGCAUUAAUAGUAGUUACUUCUAUCUGGACAACGAAUGGAUAUCCUUCCACACCUCCAACUGACAUAGUACUUCAAGAUUCUGCACAACAGGAAGUGAUAUUUCAAAGUCCCGAACAACAGAGGGCCAUAUUUCAAACUUCUGUACAGGAAGUCGAGCAAGAACCAUUUAAUGACGAUUUCUUCGCUUACGAUGAUUCGAAAUCAACGUCAUUUUCGGGACAAGGGGCAGAUUUCACCAUUAGCUGCGUGGGGGUGAAUAAAAUUUGCGUCAAUAAACAUGAUUGUAUAGAUGGUUACAUUCAUGUUGCUAACAAUGUCGCUUAUUCCCUAUCUAACAAGAAGGGGCAAUGUAGAGUCCAAACGGAAGUUUGUUGUAUAGUAGCAGAAGAAUAUCAGGGGUCAACUGUAAAGACUGUACCAUUAGAACAAGAGUUAAGUAGCGGUACUAAUAUAGGAAUCAAAGUCAGCCCUCCAUUUGGACCGAGCCAGGAAGAAAGUGGUGGAAUCUCAAGUUCGCAGUCGACUGAAGGAAUUGCUAUACAAAAUGCGUUUGCAGUAGCAGUUCCCGUGCAAGUUGGUUGUGCGGCAGCUCUUCUUUGCGUUGAAGAGAAAUUUUGCACCGCAGAUGGUACAAUUAGUCCGGAGCCUGUUACGUUGUCUGGUAGGCAACUGUUCAAUCGUGUACCACUAAGCAGUUGUAAAAAUCCAGAAAAUGGAAUAAUCGGCAAGUGCUGCCGAGAUCCAAACUACGUGGAUCCUUGGCCCACCGGAAAUCUACCUGCAAAUUACUCCGGUGGCUUCGACGAGCAAGGAUUUCCCACGUUUCUGAAUAUCGCUAAAGUGAAGGCAAAUAAAACUCCUACGAAAACACCUACGAAGACACCUACGAAAGGAGAAACGAAAUCUCCUCGUCCGCAGAUUCCUGUGCCAGUCGAACAAAAACCAGAACCGGUACUGUUACCUGAAAAUUCCGUAGUUUCUUCAGAAAUUUUACUUCCACCAAUUGAAAAUGUUCCUGAAGAUAAACACGAUGAAAACAAGGUUAAUUUGGGACAACCUCAACAAAUAUGCGGAGUUAGAAAUCAGGUACCGCAAAAAUUGAAAGAAUCGGAAACAGCUUUUGCCGAAAUUCCAUGGCAAGCGAUGGUUUUACACGCUGAAGAAAGAAAGAUUCUUUGUUCUGGUGCCUUAGUCAGCACACAGGAUGUAUUAACAGCUGCUAAUUGUGUCGAUAGCUUGUUGCCAAAUGAUGUUUCCAUAAAGUUAGGAGAAUGGAAAUUAGGGUAUGAAGUAGAGCAGGAAGAACCACUUCCUUAUAAAAUUAUGAAUGUAUCAUACAUAAAUGUACAUCCUGGGUACACAAGGGGUCUUGGAGAACAUGAUCUUGCAAUUUUACAUUUAGAGCAGCCUACAGCAUUUGAUUAUCAUAUAAAUCCUCUUUGUAUACCAAACACAAAGCCUCCAUUACAACAAAAUAGACCUUGCAUCAGCACUGGUUGGGGAAAAUCCAUCCUUCAAGCUCAUUAUGCUGGAGCAAUCAUGCAUGCAGUUAGUAUGAACAUACUUCCACAAGAAUAUUGCAAAGAACAAAUAGCAAAUAGUGACUUAAGAGUGAAUACUGUAGAUGGAAGUAUUUGUACUACACCUAAGGAGCAGCAAAAUAAUGUUUGUGAAACAGAUGUUGGAGGACCACUAGCAUGUGAAAAUGAGAAUGGUCUUUAUGAGUUAGCUGGAAUUUAUAGUCAAGAUACAGGAUGCCAAGCAACAAAUCAAGUUGCCAUUUUUGCUCCAUUAGAUGACAAAUGGAUAAAAGAGACAAUGUUUAAAUCAAUACCAAGUGAAACCAUAACAAUACAAAGAGAAACAAGCACGCAAUAUAAAGGUUUAUUAAUUUCAAAUGACUAUAGAGAAAGUACUUUAUCUACAGAUAAUCAGUAUCUACCUCCAAAUUAAAAAUCCAUUAA